UUUAAGAAGAUUGCCAUUGCCUCUGUCCUCUGCCAAGAAAAUUGGUUCUAGACACUUCUGUCUGAGAGUAUGAAGGAAAAGGAAGAAUAUGCGUGGAUUUAAAAUUAUUGUGUUUAUCAAGUUGUGGAGUGAGAAGUACUGGGGAAAUAGCUUGCUCUGUUGCUCAUUGUAGAUCUACUACAAAUUGUUUCUGAUGCAGCUGAGAAAAAUGCAGACCCUUAAAAAGGAACACGGACCUGUUGACACCAGUAGCAGUGUGGACAAAAUCAUGGUACUUAAGUCUACUUUAGCAGAAGUGUCUGAAGAAUUGUCUACUAAUGAAGAUAUACUUCUUACUGAAGCAAGUAGUGGAAAAAGCAAAUCUUCAGCUUGCAGAAGAAAGCGAGAAUUCAUUCCAGAUGAAAAGAAAGAUGCUAUGUAUUGGGAGAAAAGACGGAAAAAUAAUGAAGCUGCCAAAAGAUCUCGUGAAAAACGACGACUGAAUGACCUUGUCUUGGAGAACAAGCUAAUUGCACUGGGAGAGGAGAAUGCCACUUUGAAGGCGGAGCUGCUUUCGUUGAAGCUCAAGUUUGGUUUAAUUAGUUCUGCAGCUUAUGCCCAAGAGAUACAGAAACUCAGUAGCUCAACAACUGUGUAUUUCCAAGACUAUCAGACUUCUAAAUCAAAUAUUAACUCAUUUGUAGAUGAACAUGAACCAUCUAUAGUUGGUAGCAGUUGUAUUUCUGUCAUUAAACAUUCUCCUCAAAGCUCAAUGUCUGAUGUGUCUGAAAUACCAUCUGUAGAGCAUACUCAACCAAGUCGUAUACAAAGCAACUGCAGAAGUCCUGAAAAUAAGUUCCAGAUUAUAAAACAGGAGCCCAUGGAAUUAGAGAGAGAGCCAAGAGAUGACAGAAGUUCAUAUAAAACAUCCCUAUAUCCAAACUACAUGGGGGCUACCUUUAAUGUGUACUCACAUUCUCCUCCUCUCUUGCAAGUUAAUAGGUCCUCCAGUAAUUCCCCCAGAACGUCAGAAACUGAUGAUGGUGUAGUUGGAAAGUCAUCUGAUGGAGAAGAUGAACAGCAGGUUCCUAAGGGUCCAAUCCAUUCCCCAGUUGAACAUAAAAAUGUUCAUGCAACAGUUAAAGUUCCAGAAGUGAAUUCUUCAGCUUUGCCUCACAAGCUUCGAAUUAAAGCCAAAGCCAUGCAAGUUAAAGUGGAAGCAAUGGAUAAUGACUAUGAUGCAACACAGAAAGUGUCAUCACCCAUUGACAUGUCCUCAAAAAGACAUUUUGAGCUUGAAAAACAUGGUGCACAAAGCUUGGUGCCUUCUUCUCACACUCCUUUCUCGGUUCAAGUGACUAACAUCCAAGACUGGUCACUUAAACCAGAACUCUGGCAUCAGAAGGAACUCAAUGUAAAAAUUCAGAGUGGUUGCAAAACUGGAGUUGUUGAAAUAAAAGACAAUAUCUACAAUGUCUCUGAGUCAGAGAACCUGUAUUUGAAGCAGGGCAUAGCAAACUUAUCUGCAGAGGUUGCUUCGCUUAAAAGACUUAUAACUACACAACAAAUCUCUGCAUCAGACUCUGGUUAAGUUACUACUGAACAAAGGCUUAUUGUUUCAAAGGAUGUCAUUUGCAGUAGAUCAAUAUGUUUUGUAUUAUUCUGAAUUUUCACUGGACUUGUGAUGUCAUUUCACUGUAAUGUUCACAUAAUGUCUGAUUGGUGUCUUUUUGUGCACAAAUUACUAUGAAGACUAGGUUGUGUUAUGAUCACUAUGCCUUGUGUAUAGUCAAGUAGCCUGUACAAAGGCUGUAUAUAGUGAACUUUAUUUUCUUUUUGUUCUUCUACUAUAAAGCGUGCAAGUUACCAGUUACAAUAAAAUAUUGGUGACAAACA